AAAACACAACGUCUUGGAAGAUCCCCGAAGGACGGGGUCAGUAGCCUGAGGUUACACAAUAUGGAACAUUAUCUGGUCGUAGACACUAUGUGCCCUGGGUCCUAUGGUAUGAUCCUGUUUGUGAAAGACAAGGAUUCUGGGUUGGAACACACACUGAAAAAGGUGGAGUGUUUGGAUGAAAGCAGAGCCAAUCAAGCCCUGCGGGAGGCUUUGUGUCUGAUAAAUGUGAAUCACCCCAACAUCGUCAGAUACAGAGAGCUAUUCAUAUCUUGGGACAAAAGUAUGUCAUCUGUCAUGCUUUCAAUGGUGAUGGACUGUCCCUGCAUUUCAAGCCUCAAAGCAGUCAUUGCUUCCCACAGGGAGCAAAAGGAGAGGUUCAAGAACAAGGUCAUACACAUGUUCUUGGGGCAAAUGGUGGAUGCACUGGCCUACCUAGACAACAGAAACAUUUUACACAGAAAUCUGAAGCCGUCCAACAUUCUGAUGACAGAUGGCUUAGUCUUUCGCAUCUGUGAUUUUGGAACGGCAACGGUCACAGGAGAUCGAGCAAAGCUGCAAAUAAGAAUUAAAGACAGCGCAAAGUGCUGGAUGGCUCCUGAGAGUGUGAGGCUGCUGCAGUGGAGUAACAAGUCUGAUAUUUGGUCCCUCGGCUGUGUCCUCCUGGAUGUGUUGACGUGUCACAUGUUUGAUGAGGAAGCCUCUCUGUCCCAGCUGUUUCUAAUCAAGAAAGACCUCAUUCCCCUGGACCGUGUCAUGUCCAAGGACCUUCACAAGCUGCUCACCAUGAUGUUCAGCCACAGUCCAAAAAAGAGAGCCAGUGUCUGGAUGCUGGUGAAUGAAGCUUUUGUGAAGGACUGUCUGAUUCUCUGUGGCUCUUCACUGCAUACGAUGAAGAAGACUCUUCCUCGGGGGGUCACUGGACCACCAUUCCAUGAAGGGUUUGAUAGUGUCUUGGAGUUCAUGAUGACCUAUACAGAUAUAGAAGAUGUCCAGCUUUCUGUUUUAUCAUAUCUACUGAAGAAGGAUAAAAAUGCCUUGGAGAGGGUCAGUGACGUGGUGGAGGCUGUGACGUCAGCUAUGAUGAGCCAUACUGGAUCAGCUUGUGUUCAGCUGAAGUCAUGCCAGGUCCUUCAACAACUUCUAACUGCAGGAGAACAUACUAGCAUUGAGAACUCCAGCUUAUAUGGCGAAGAUGUCAUCUCCCAUCUUCUCAAGGCUGUACAGAAUCAUUCCAAGCAUGUAGAUCUCCUGGUUAAUGCGUUUCAAGUACUCUUCCUCGUCUCAAAGAAUGGGAAGGCCUGUGAUUCGAUUGUGAAACUAGGCUGUGCACAGGAAGUACUGAAAACACUGAGAGCCAACCCACAGAAGAAGGAUAUUGUCAUCCCCUCCUGCAGAUUCCUGUGGAAUUUACUUGCGAAUGGUAUUCCCUACACGGCUAGUGUAGAAUCAAUGACUAGUGCAGCUGAGACAGUGUGCAGUGUGGGAGAGAUGCACCUGCAGGAUGCAGUUGUGACAGAGUGCUUGUGUGCUGCGCUACAGUCCCUGACCAUGCACGGUCUAUUUGAGGAGAAGGAUGUUGAAAACGCCACACUCCUCUUGAUAAAUGCGCUCAGAAUCCACCCUAACCAUUCUGGGAUAGUGAAACAUGUGUUUAUUGUCAUGGUCACCCUGGUCAAAUGCUCAGAGAAGGCUGCUCUCCGACUUCUCACUCCAAAUGGGGAGAGUGGUGUUUCUUUGAUCCUGACAGCACGAGGGCACCAUCCGGAUGACCGACUGGUCACAGAGAACUUCUGCCACCUUCUGAAUCAGCUGGUCCAACAAGAUGCUGUGGCUCCUGAGCUCCUUGCUGAAAGUGUCCAGGAGGAACUGGAGCAUAUAGUGAAACAAUUUGAGUCCACUACGGACAUCGCCCUGUUGGCACAGGAGACCCUGUCAAAUGUGAUGAGCCUUAACAACCCAGAGCCCGCAGUGAAAAAUAACACGUCCUUUCAGAAUCCAUUCAGAACUCAUGUGUCGACAUAGCGCUGCUGGAAUAGCACAACAUACGCCUGCCCAGCGAAAGACCUUAUGUGAGAGACUAGCAAUUAUCGGCUGAGAUAUUAAAGCUAUUUUUACAUUCCUACUGAAAUUUUGUAUUCGGUGUUACUGUCACAUCACAGCUGUUUUGACUGUUUAUACAUUUCAAAGAGUCUGAAAAAGAACCUUUUGUAACAACCGUGU